GUGAUCCUUGGCGAAGAGGACUGCAGCAUACGAAGAUGUAUCUGUAUCCGAGUGCUUGGUGGAAGUACGCCUCGGAGAUGCCCGGAGGAGCCGAGGGUGUCAUCGAUGCGGCACUGGCAACGUUGCCGAUGUAUGCAACGCCGGGCAUAUGCGCACAUACCCGGACAUAUAGACACCUGCGCCUUGGUGGCCGCAGUGUCCGAGGCGAAGCCUAUCACGUUGCCUCGAAUCAACGUCUAAUUUAGGACCGUGACCAAUGAAACCUCGCUGCCGUCGCAAAGAAAAUAAGAGUGGCACUGCUGGGGUCGAGAUCGCUUUCCCAGAGGGCUAUCCAGAAUGCCGCUGUUGACGCUUGGUGAUUGAAAACACCGGAGAGGCAAAUACGGCAUCCUAAAGUGUCAUCAUGCCCCCGUUCCCUUGGAUGCCUACUGCUCCCAGCACCACACCGGCCAGCAGCUGACCUUUCAAGACAUAGUCCUUGG